GCCUUAGUUAUUUGAACUUGAGCUGAAUUUAGCGACAUGUAUGCGUUGAGUCCUUGUUUGCUGCUUGCCCUGAUAGCUCUAAGUCAGAGCCAGGCACCAGAAGAUGGCGACCUUCUCGAAGAACCAUGCAUAUUUCCACAAAAUGCUAUUAUGGCGCCGACCAGGUUUGUUCGCAACACGACGGACAUCGUUAAUGCUAAGAGAGGAUUCCAAAGGGGGUUUAGAGGUUCCAAAAGGCAAAUGAGGCAAGGACAGAAGGCUUCAGCAAUUAAUACGAGAGGAUGGAAAACCGACCCCACACAAAAAUGGGCUGAUCUAUGUCCUCAAGAUGUGAUAUUGAUCAGACCGCCAAGAUGGCACGUGUAUCAGAAUCGGAUCUGUUUCAUACCUUCUCCCUUCCCUACAUACACAUACCCAUCAGUAGUGUGUAGAAGGAGGACAUGUCUGUACACAUCUGGUUCUCAACUGUACUGUCGCCCGGAUGUUGCUACCGUCUUCACCAUCCCUACUUACUGUUUUAUUCCAAAUUUAAGCAAAUUCGUGAAGAAGAAGUUUGAAAUUAAAACCUAUCGAUACUGUACUUGCUGUCAUUACAAGUGUCCAUUUUUCACGCUGAAUAAACGAUAACUUACCAAAGUUUUUGUUAUCGAACGGGCAUGAUCUACUAUGAUCGAAAGUAGUAAAUCAUUGAUUACCUUUGAAUAUAAUCUGUGGAAUAAAAUAUUUGCAAAACA